CUGAAUCUACAUACACGCAAAAUUGCGAUAUUAGAAGUAGGAAAUUACCGUGAGCACGGGAAGGCAGCAGGAGAAGCCAUCAGCGGGUUUCGCAUUAUUUUUACACUUUGUGAAAACAUAUUUUGCGAUGGAUUCACAGUCUCCGCUGAAGCCAUGGGAAAGGCGGAUUCCUGGGGCAAUGAGUGCACCUAUAAAUUACAGGUCUACAAAUUUUGGACCAUCUGCGGGCCCCUCUAUAUCUGCAGGCCCUCCUGCUCUGACCAGGAUGGUGCCCCCAGUGCCCCCUCGUCCCAUCCAGCAGGGCUACCGUCCAUCCUACAGCUCUUUCCCCACCUCCUCUUAUAGCCCCUAUGGGAGCUCCAUGUAUGGGGGGUACAGCCCCUACAGCUAUGGUGGUGGCUACGGCCUGGGAGGGUACAGCCGCCUCUCCCACACGGAGGAUGUUGCCCCCAGCCGGUUUGUGCAGCAGGCGGAGGAGAGCAGCCGCGGUGCCUUCCAGUCCAUCGAAAGCAUUGUGCAGGCCUUUUCCUCAGUUAGUAUGAUGCUGGACGCCACCUUUUCAGCUGUGUAUAACAGUUUCCGUGCUGUGCUAGAUGUAGCCAACCACCUAACACGGCUGCGUACACACCUCACCCGAGUUUUGUCAGCCUUCGCUCUGGUACGCACCUUACGCUACCUCUACCGACGGUUACAGAGGCUGCUGGGGAGAAGGUCAGAUGCUGAGGUUGAAGACUUGUGGGCAGACAGUGCAAGUGAUGCCCUGGCUACAAGUGCAUCCAGGGGGUAUGGAGCAGGAAUGGAGGAUCAGCCUGUGAAGUCUUGGCCAAUCAUUCUAUUUUUUGCUGUAGUCUUGGGGGGACCCUACCUUAUCUGGAAACUGCUGAGCUCCACCACUAGCUCAGAAGAAAACGCCACUAACUGGGCCAGCGGGGAGGAUGACCAUGUAGUGGCCAGAGCGGAGUAUGACUUUUCAGCUGCAUCUGAAGAGGAGAUUUCUGUGCGGGCUGGAGACAUGCUGAACCUUGCCCCUAAAGAGCAACAGCCCAGGGUGCGUGGCUGGCUGCUGGCCAGCGUGGACGGUCAGACCAUAGGACUUGUCCCAGCUAACUAUGUCAAGAUCUUGGGCAAGAGGAGAGGCCGUAAGCACGCAGAGAUGGAGAGGCUUGCUCAGGCUCAGCAAGAGAAUGCACAGGCCUCCCAGACAGCCCAUGCUGCACACCUACAGUUAAAUCCUGCCCAAGGCUUUACCCCGGGCCUCGGUUCAGCCUCCACCUCAGCAUCCGCAGAGGAGCUGCUAGAGGCAGUGUACACAGAAACACCAGCUUCUCUCAGUGUGGGAACAUCUAGUUCUAGUAUGCCCUCCAGCACAGCGCUAAACAUCCCCGAGAAGGUGGACUUGUGAUGUCCGUGUAUGUAUGCAUGUCUCUGUAUGCAAGUCACAAUGUUCAUAACAUGGGUUGGCUCAGUCAGUACUUGUUUGCAGUGUUUAACUCUGAAGCUUGACUUAUAAUCAGCUGACCAUAGGUAUUUGGAGAAACACCAUGGACCUCUGUUAAGAAUUGCUCAAAGUAGUUGGUAGGCUCAUCUAUAAUAAAUACAGGCAUCAAACCCACUGGUUUUCGGUUUUACUGUUCUGUUUAGAACCAGUGUCUCAAAUUAGGAGGUUAUCUUUACAUUUCUUUGAUCAGAGCUUGUUCAAGAAAGACGGUUUUGUGUAUUCUCUGUUCUUACAACCAUGUCUGAUGUAAUUUCUUGAGAUUGUUUUGUUGAUGUUUAAGUUAAUGAGGUGCACUGAUACAUCAUCUGUGUAAUGACGGUGUAAGGACAAAGCCAGGAUAUUUUGUUGUUGAUAAUGUAAUUAUGUAACCUUGUACUUGGUUUUGGCCUUUCCUUAUAGGCUGAUUUGUCCUCUGUAUUGUCUUGUAAAGCAAAUGGGAUUGGAUUCAGUCAGAAUGAGAAGGGGCUAAUUUUGCACAUUUUCAAUGGUUCCUUAGUCACAAAGUAAUUUUGUAAAUAUUUAAUAUAAUUAUUUUGAAAAUAAAUAUAGUCAAAAAUCA